AUGUCACUCGAAGGAAAUAAGUUUGUAUUACAAGAUGGAACCAGUAUCCCCGCCAUUGGGUUUGGAACAGGAACCAAAUGGUUCAAAUACGGAGAUAACAGUUUGAACACUAAGUUAGUGGAAGGUGUGGAAGCUGCAUUAGCCAGUGGAUUUGUUCAUUUGGACGGAGCAGAAGUAUACAACACCGACAGAGAGACGGGUGAAGGGAUACGGAAGUUUGGAGCUGACAGGUCAUCUUUAUUCAUUACCGAUAAGUAUUUUGCUGGAGAUCUGAGUUAUAAAGCUCAUAGUAUUGAAGCCAACCCUUAUGCUGCAUUAGAAGCUUCAUUAACGCGGUAUGGAAUCGAGUAUGUUGAUUUGUAUCUUCUUCAUGCUCCCUUCAUUAAGAAGGCGACUCAUGGGUUUGAUCUUGUAGAAGCUUGGAGAUACUUGGAAAAGGCUAAGGAUGAAGGUAAGGCCCGUAUAAUUGGUAUUUCCAACUUCACUGUAGAAGAUAUUGAAACCAUCUUGAAGCUGAACCCUAAAUAUAAACCUCAAGUGCACCAAAUUGAGUACAAUGCCUACUUGCAGAACCAGACCCCUGGGAUUGUUGAGUUUGACAAGAAACAUGGGAUUUUGACUGAAGCUUAUUCUCCAUUGGCUCCUAUAUAUAAGGGAGAUUCCAAUGAUUCAUUGCUUAAGUACGUUGAAGAGAUCGCUUCAAAGUAUAACAAGACCUCCGGUCAGAUCUUAUUAAGAUGGGUUCUUCAAAAUGGUAUCUUGCCCAUCACCACUAGUAGCAAGGCUGAUAGGUUGAAGCAGUACUUGGAUAUCUUUGACUUUACUUUGUCCGAAGAUGAAGUAGCCAAUAUUAGCCAAUUGGGUUCAACCAAAAAGGUGAGGCAAUAUUGGCUUACUGAAUAUGGAAAGCUCUAA